UCUUCUCUGCCAUGAAAACAACAUUUGUUAUGCACAGUUGUGGCCGUUGAAGAACACCCCUUUUCCGCCAUUAAUACACAUCCCCUCAACCCAUCUGCUUUUAUUACACUACAAAUUAGUAUCUCUCUCUCUCUCUCUCUCACACACACACACACCGAAGCUUCGUUCGAGUUUGCGAAUUUGUUUCGCAUUGAAAUGAAACACCAAACCUCGUGAUCGUCAAGUGUAAUGCAGAAAUAAAAAAGUGUUCUUUUUUUGUGUUCAAUCGAAAACCAUGGAAGCCCACCUCAAGCUUUUCAUUCUGCUCACAUUCUUGUUCCUCAACUCGUCGGCGGCAGCGGCGGCGGCGGCGGCUCAGCCUGUGCCGCGGCUGAGCUCUCAGACAGAGUGGCGGGCCCUAUUUGACCUCCGAUCGUCUCUCGGAAUCAGAGCUAAAGAUUGGCACAAAAAAGCAAACCCUUGUUCGAAUUGGACCGGAAUACAGUGCAAAACCGGCCGUGUGACAGGGAUAAACUUGUCCGGGUUAAGGCGAACUCAUUUAGGAAACCUCAAUCCUCGAUUUGCCGUCGAUUCCUUGUCGAAUUUUCCGUUUCUGUCGGUUUUCAAUUCGACGGGGUUUUCGCUACCGGGCUCAAUUCCGAGCUGGUUAUUCGAAAGGCUUACGAAUCUUGAAGUUCUUGACCUCAGUUCUUGCUCGAUUUACGGUUCGCUUCCAUCGUCGAUUGGACGUUUGAGUCGGCUCGGUUCCUUAAAUUUGUCGAACAAUUCGAUUGCCGGGAAUAUUCCAACUGCAUUGGAGAAUCUUUCUUCGUUGUCGGUUCUUGAUCUUUCGCAGAAUCUAUUCACAGGACAAAUUCCAAAAGAAGUUGCUGCUCUUUCGAAUCUUACUAAACUCGACUUUUCGUCGAAUUAUUUAUCCGGUGGGAUUCCUCUCGAGUUCGGCUCACUCUCGAAUCUCGAAUUCUUGAAUUUGAGUAACAAUAGUUUGAGUGAGUUUAUUCCACCUCAGCUCGGAAAUCUUUCCAAGCUGAUCGAACUCGAUCUCGGAUUCAACUCCUUGUUCGGUUCGUUACCCGACGAAUUAGGCGGGUUGAAAAAUUUGGAGAAAUUAAUGAUUGGUAAUAAUAGGAUGGAGGGUUCUUUAUUAGAUAGCUUGUUUCGAAAACUUCCUUUAUUAGAUUAUUUAGUUCUCAGCAGUAAUAAUUUCGUCGGCGUACUUCCGAUUUCUCUAUGGUCAAUGUCCCGUCUCGAAUACCUAGACGUCUCCAGUAAUAAUCUCACCGGCGAUUUUCGGAACCCGAUCGGUUCUUUCAACGUCACUAAUGCAGUCUUCAAUUUCUCCAACAACCUGUUUUACGGAAAUUUAAACGUCGGUUUUGAAAAGCUCGGUUUAAUUGAUGUAUCUAGCAAUUAUUUCGAAGGAUCAGCUCCUAAUAAAACUGGAACCACCGUUAUAUUUUCGGACAACUGCUUUACGAGUGUGCCGGGUCAGCGAAAUCCCGAUGCGUGUCUGAAGUUUUACUCCGACAGAGGUAUAUUUUUCGGUAACGAUAGUAGUGUGCCGUUUGAGCCUCCAUUGGUACGAUUUCCGAAGACGAGAAAACGAGUAUUGACGUACGUUAUGAUCGGAGUAUUCGGUGGGCUCGGUUUUAUCGUAAUUCUAGUAGCGCUAAUAUUGUUGCUUUCGAAAGCAUGCAGUAUUAGAAGUGAAGUUCAUCGAAGAAGUAAUCCGAGGGCGGACCAUGUUCUAGAAGCUCCCGUCGACUUGUCCGGAUUAGGACAACCGUUUACGUACGAGCAAUUGCUCGUAGCUACGCGCGAUUUCAGCAGCGAAAACCUAAUCAAGAACGGCCAUUCGGGCGAUCUAUUCCGUGGGAAAUUGGAGGGGGGCGAUUACGUAAUUAUCAAGAAAGUCGAUCUGCGUGGUGUUACGACGAAGGAAUCGUUUGCGUCGGAGUUGGAUUUUUUUAGCAAGGGGACGAUGGCGCACGCGAGGGUGGUCCCGCUCGUGGGCCAUUGCCUGGAGGAUGAAAACGAAAAGUACUUGGUCUAUAAGUACAUGCUUAACGGAGAUUUGUCGAGCGCUUUUUAUAGACGAACUAACGAAGAUGAAAACGAAGAAGACGAAUUGCAGUCGUUGGAUUGGAUUACGAGAUUGAAGAUUGCAAUCGGAGCUGCCGAGGCUUUAUCGUACUUGCACCAUGAAUGCAUUCCUUCGAUUGUCCAUAGAGAUAUUCAAGCUAGCAGUAUACUUUUGGACGACAAAUACGAGGUGCGGCUCGGAAGUUUAAGUGAAGCUUGUGAUGUAGGAGCCAACAUUAAUCAUAAUAUGUUUGCGAGGUUGCUUCGUACACCGCAGACUUCCCGAAAACGACAUUCUGGAUCGUCAUCUAUUACAUGCGCGUACGAUGUAUACUGCUUCGGAAAAGUCCUACUCGAGCUAGUAACCGGUAGGCUCGGUAUAAGCGCAUUAAACGAAGCCGACGCAAAGCAAUGGAUGGACGCCAAUUUACCCUCGAUCAAUAUCUACGACAAAGAACUCGUGAUCAAGAUUAUCGACCAGUCGCUCAUAAUAGACGAGGACCUUCUAGAAGAAGUGUGGGCCGUAGCAAUCGUGGCCAAAUCAUGCCUCAAUCCGAAAGCUUCUAGAAGACCUUCGAUAAGACACGUUCUUAAAGCAUUGGAGAACCCUUUUAAGGUUGUAAGGGAGGAGAAUUUCAGCUCCGGGAGGCUGAGGAGGGCUUCUUCUAGGCAAUCUUGGACGGCUGCGAUUUUUGGCAGCUGGCAUCAUAGUUCAUCGGACGGUUCUGCUGAAUCGGGUCAGACGAGUAGAGAAAUUAUCGGCGGUUUGAGACAGACGGAGAGAGUGGGGUCGCGGGGCAGUGGGGCCCACGAGAAUUCGUCUUCGCAUAAAAGAUCUUCGAGUGAUGUCUUUCCGGAGCCGGUGGAGAUGCAAGAUGAUGGUACCGGUUGAGUGUGUGAUGUAUGUUUGUAUUUAUAGCUUGUGGGUGUUUUAAUACCGUUUUAUCGAGUAAAAAUCCCGUUUAUCGAUUUGUUUAUGCACUUCAUUUGUACAGGAAAAGAAUGGAUGGUAUGGACUCCAAUCAACUUUUAGAGAGAGGGUUUUUGGGUGCUUAUUUUCAUUUUGUUUUGGGAAAAAAAAUGAAAAUGAUUUUUUUUU